GGGGACAUAAUGAUUGGCGGGAUUUUUCCCGUUUUUAACAAAGAGAUAGCCAGCAUUUCUACUUUUGAUCAGAAGCCUUCUGGAGUCAAAUGUGCUGGGUUUGACCUGCGAGUUUUUCGAUGGACUCAAGUGAUGGCAUUUGCAAUUGAAGAGAUCAACGAAGAUACUGUGCUCCUGCCAAACAUAUCACUGGGAUACCGGAUCCUGGACUCAUGUGCAUCUCCUACUAACACUUUACGAGCUGCACUAUCACUGGCUGUAGGAGAAGAGGAGACAGAACCAGGCGUGUCUUGUCUCCCAGCCAUAUCGGCCCUGAUAGCCGAGUCUGGAUCAUCCCAGUCUCUGGCCGUAGCAGGGACACUCGGACCGUUUCAAUUACCAAUUGUGAGCUACUUCUCAACAUGUGCUUGUUUGAGUGACAGAUCAAAGUAUCCAACAUUUUUUCGAACAAUUCCCAGUGACUAUUUCCAGGCAAAAGCUUUGGCAGCUCUGGUUAAACGCUUUAGCUGGCGUUGGAUUGGAGCUAUACAGUCUGACAAUGACUAUGGGCGUCACGGGGUCCUCGCCUUCAAGCAAGAGGUUAAAAAGCUUGGUGUUUGUAUUGCAUUCGUUGGGACAAUUCUGCGUACAUACCCAGUGGAAAGGAUCAAGGCUGUUGUAGAAAUGAUCAAAAUAUCACGUAUUAAAGUUGUUCUUGCGUUUGUGCCUGAGGGUGACUUUUACCCUUUGAUGACAGAACUGGUUAAACAGAACAUCACAGGGAUCCAGUGGAUCGCCAGCGAGGCCUGGAUAACAGCUCCUCGACCCUCCACACCAGAAAUCUACCAAGCUUUCGGGGGAGCUCUCGGCUUUGUCGUGCAGAAGAUGGCCAUUCCUAAACUGAAACCUUUUCUUAGGGGCAUCAACCCUUAUAAAGAUGCAAGUUCUGCCUUUGUGAGGGAAUUCUGGAAGAGUAUGGUGGGUUGCAAAGUUGUUUUACCCGGGGAGCACGCCGACGACUCGCAUGCAAUAUGCGCAGGCAAUGAGACAAUAAUGAACUCCCGGGAUGUUUUCUUCAACGUCACUCAGCUCAGGGUGUCCUAUAAUGUGUACAAGGCAGUUUAUGCCGUUGCACAAGCUCUGCACCAACUGAUUUUUUGCCAAGCAGUUGGUGAAAAAACAGCUCAACCAUGUUUGAACUUAGCAGACAUUCAGCCAAAACAGGUGACUGAUCACCUCCAAAGGGUGAGCUUUAAAAAUCAAUUUGGUGACGAUGUCUUCUUUGAUGAAAAUGGCGACCCUCCGGCUUCUUAUGACCUCAUCAAUUGGCAGCUCAGAGACGGGCAGGUCCAACAUGUAACACUGGGGCACUUUGCCUCGACUGCUAACGGCAACUACGAGCUCAGCAUCCGUGAGAGGGACAUAGUGUGGAGGACUGGCAACACGGUUCCAAUAUCGGUGUGCUCUGUAGAAUGUCCACAGGGGACCAGGAAAGCUCAAAUAAAGGGUAAACCUGUCUGCUGUUUCGACUGCAUCCCAUGUCCUGAUGGUACUAUAGCCAACACAACAGGUGCAGCAGAUUGCAUACCUUGUAAAAAAGAGUUCUGGUCCAAUGAGAGGAGGACUGAGUGCAUUCCAAAAACAAUAGAGUUCCUGACCUAUUACGAGCCGAUGGGAAUAGCUCUGACGGUUGUGUCCCUGAUGGGGGCCUCACUGUCUAUGGCCAUCAUGCUCAUCUUCAUCUGUUACAAGAACACACCAGUCAUAAAGGCCAGCAACUCGGAGCUGAGCAUCUUCUUGUUGUUUUCUCUCUUUUUGUGCUUUCUCUGUCCUCUCACGUUCAUCGGCAAACCCACAACGUGGGUAUGCAUGCUGCGCCACACCGCUUUCGGAGUGACAUUUGCUCUGUGUAUUUCCUGCAUCUUAGGCAAGACCAUUGUGGUCGUGACGGCUUUUAAAGCCUCCUUUCCCGGCAGCAAAGUAGCAGGGAAGUUUGGUCCGAUGCAGCAACGGAUCAUAGUUUGCUGCUGCACUCUCGUACAAAUACUGAUAUGUGUGCUAUGGCUAAAAAUAAGCCCCCCCUUUCCUGCCCUGGUUUUCAAGCACAGUAAUAGGAAAAUCAUUUUAGAAUGCAACACCGGUUCUGAAGCAGCGUUCUAUGCUGUGCUGGGUUACAUAGGUUUACUCUCAACUAUAUGUUUGAUUCUGGCAUUUCUGGCAAGAAAGCUGCCUGAUAACUUUAACGAGGCCAAAUUUAUAACAUUUAGCAUGUUGAUAUUCUGUGCGGUCUGGAUCGCCUUCAUCCCAGCAUAUGUCAGCUCUCCCGGGAAGUUUACUGUUGCCGUGGAGAUAUUUGCCAUUUUGUCCUCAGCUUUCAGUUUACUAUUCAGCAUUUUCGCACCAAAAUGUUACAUAAUAUUAAUAAAGCCCGAAAAGAACACCAAAAAGCAUGUCAUGGGAAAAAUGUUGAAUGUGGGUCAAUGA